AUGGCUCUAGUAGCUGGGUUCGCGUUAGCAAAGAGUGAUGAUAACCAGGAUUUGCCUGCUACAGUCCUACCCAAUGAAGUUAUUGGUUUGGCAGUCAUUGCUGGUCUAUCGCAGGCGCUAGCGAUAUUUGCUCUGAACGCGGCUUUGCUGUAUCCUUCUACGAGUCUUGUCAACGUGAUUGCCUCCUCCCAGUCCAUGGUUUGCUCCCAUGCCUAUCUCAAUUGA